UUGUUUUUAUUUGUUUGUUAGAUUUUUUCUUGUAUGACAUUUAAUAGCAUGGUGAAUUCAGAAUAAAAUAUAUUGGCUAAAGUCAAAAAUGCUUCUCACCACGCACUUCCAAUGAUGUACCCUACACAUACAGAUAGAUAGCCAUUUAAAAUAUAAAUAUACAGUGUACAUUGAAAUACGUGUUGAAACACACAUUUUUUAAAUUUUAUUUUUACAUGUGCUUCCUGUGCUACAUACAAAUUUUAGGCGUCAUUUUGCCACCCCCUUCGCCAUGUUGUUACCAUGGAAACACCUCGGCGAUUGUAUAUGUAUAAUAGGUUUAUUAUAACAUUGGAAAACUGUUUCCCGAGCACAAACUUCGAACAGAGAAUAUAGCAAUGCUUCUCGGUAAAGACACGGAGCCGAGGGUCUGCACUUUUAUCUGGCGUCCCGAAUGAAAGAGGAGACAUCACUGAAGUUUCUCCGAUGAAUAAACACAGGACUAUCUCAACACAACGGUGUGACAAGGAACAGUAGCACUCAUUUCCCUGCAAAUACAUAAAAAAUCACUUCACCUGAUCAGUAUCAUAAUAAUGUCAAGAUAGUACUGUAUCUUCAAUCCAAGAUCAAAGGUCAAUGCAUUCCAUUAGACGUUGUGGUCUGGCACUAUGGCUGAAACUUUCCUAGAAGCAAAGGAUGCCAAAUCCCUCCUCAAGCGUCUGCCGAGGGCUAACGGUUUCCUGGAAGAGUUCCAUCAGGGCAACAUUGAACACGAGUGCAACGAAGAGAUCUGCAGCUACGAAGAGGCCAGGGAGGUCUUUGAGAACCAGGAGAUGACGAUGGAGUUCUGGAAGACCUACUACACAGUGAACACCAACCUUGACCCACAGACUGAGCACUCUGACGCCAUGUACAUGGUGGUGCCCCUGUUGGGCGUGGCCUUGCUCAUCAUCAUCGCGCUCUUCAUCAUCUGGAGGUGCCAGCUUCAGAAAGCCACGCGCCGCCGUCCCACUUACUCACAGAACCGCUACCUCACCAACCGGACCUCCCGCAGCCUACCCCGCAUCCUGGUGCACCGGGAGCCCUCGCACACGACCACAGAACUGCCUCACCAUGAGCCCAGCGCCAGGGCAGGGGCAGCUAGCAGCGGGCACACCAACCGGACACUGUAUGUUCAGGACACUUCUGUCUCUGUUGCCUCCCGGCUCUCCAGCGCCACACCACCCCCUUCUUACGAGGAAGUCACCGGACAUGUGGAGAGCAGCAGUGACGAAAACAGCGCCCCCUACAGUGACCCUCCGCCUAGGUAUGAGGAGAUUGUAAGGCAGAAGUGACCAGAACCCCCGUCACCCCCCGCCAACCUUCCUGUGUUUAAACUUUGCAGGAAAAAACAAAACAGGACGCCUUUGCCUUAACUUGAAUUGUUAAAAAAAUAUAGAAAGAAAAAGCACAACAACAAAAGCUAACUAUAAUGUAUAAAAUAGAGAAGAGGGUAUAUGGAGACUGUUCUCAUUUAGAGCAAAGCAAUAGGAGUUUGGUUUCAGGAAAGUCCUUUGUAAUGACUGUGACCCCUAGAAAUUCCCUGUGAUCUCUGCAAUUUAUGGUUGUGAACCUCUGGAGUAUUGUUGUGUUUGGUUAUUGAGAGUGAAAUGUAUUCAAACAGCUUUCGUGAUUAGCUGAACAACAGUGAAACCACAUGAUUUCUGUGCUUUUAAUGUUUUCUUAGUCCCACAAUUGCUGGGAGUGUUAAAAACGAUCUUUACAGGAAUCUAUUAGGCAGAACAGAGCAUCUGUAAAACCUUGAAGGAUGGGAGAGACAGGAGAGUGUGCCAAGAUUAUAGCUGAAGGAGACCAGGUACUGCGAGCUGUUGAAAUGAAGGUCUGUAGUCCUGCAGUCCAAAGGUCUCUGUGAACUCUGUGUAGUGGCCUAUCCACUCUGGAAGGAAGAUUACUGAUGCAAGUCUCCAGCUGAAGAUUCUGUUAUGGAAUUGACCGAUGAAAAUUCUCGAACACCUGAUGCCUUUCAAUGACUCUGCAUUCUUGAGAAUUUGUCAAAUUUAAAAUAAGAGACACAUAAAUACUUGUGAAUCAACAAUCAUUUAAUUGACCUGCCACUGUAUCAGUGGUAGAUUUAGGCGUUGGUGGGUGAGUGGGUAACGCUAUGUUUUUAAAAGUGUUCUAAUAUUGAAUGUUUUGGUGUUCUAAAGCACAGCUGCACUGCCAUUGAUCACUGCAUUCAAUCAGGGUUCGAACUGAACAGGUGGACCUUUAGAGUCUGGUUUAGUGGAAAGAGGAUGUGAGUAAAUGUUUGACUGGGCAUAGUGCGAAGAACUGGCAAUCUUGAGUUUUUGUUAUAACCUGGACAAUAAUAAUAUUCUUUCUUCACUGCUUUCUCGUUAACACAUUUGCAAUAGCCAACUCCACCAAAUGGUUUGUGCAAUACCUUUUUUUUGCAGUAAAUGAAAUUACCGGUUUAAAUUCGUUCAAUUGUAAAUAUUUUACGAAAAACAACCUAAAGUGUGGACAAUUUGACUUGCAGUAUUACAGAUUUUUUUUUUUUUCCAGUAAACAAAUUGUAAGCACACAGUAGUUCUGUAAUGAGUUUGAGGUUCCUCAGUUUUGUUCUAGCCCUGAUGGUGUUCUUACAGAGACGCGCUGUUUUGAGUGCAGGUGGACACGAUUGAAAGCCCUGAAGCCAGCAGGCUGUUUGCUUCCCUGCUGGAGUGGUAACAAGUUACCAGCCCUUGAUCUGUCAGCCUCUGUGGACCUGCACUCAAACUCUGCUUACUUUACGGCACACAUGCAUGGAAUGGAUCAGGAUAUCCUAGCUUUUUUUCUCUUUCUCUCUCUCUUGCAUAUGGUGAAUGGAAGGUUCUUAUACCUUUGUCAAUGUGUGCUUUUCUGUUUUUCCUUUUUUUAAUUUUGUUUCCCUUUUUAGAUAAUACAGAUGCAUUCCAAGCAAAUGUACACUAGGGGGGAGGGGAGCACUAUACAGAGUGUUAUCAUUGUUUUUUCAAGCCUUACUUGUGGCCUAUUUACUGAAACUAGUUAACCACUUGAGUGUGAAUGUUAAAGCUGGGUCUGUACCUCCCUGCUGAAGUGUUACCUAAGAAAUUCUCUUAUAUUUAUUUACUGUCCACCCACAGUAGCCAUGGGGAACUAACAGUUUUCUCUGUAGCAAUAGCAAAAGCUAUAUCAAUGAAGUUAAACUAAAACACAUAAAUCUAUUAGAUGAGCAUCAAAAAUUGUUUUAAAACUGAAAAAAAGGCUUCAAAUAUUUGCAUUCAUUUUUUUACAACUAGUAAUAAAUCAAUUUCAUUUUAGAAACUAUGUGAUAUAAGCCAGUAAAACUAUCACUAGUGUGUGUGUGUGUGUGUGUG